AUUUUUAUUGUAUUCUUAAUGCCUUUUGUUGUCGAUUUAAAUCAUUUUUAUAUUAUGGACAUGCAGAUUCGUCAAUGAGCUGUUAAUGAGGUGAAUAGUGCAGAUUUUUUCGAUGUUAAUGAGGUAUUUAUGGAACUACUUAAAAAACGUCAUUUCAAACAACUAAGAUGAAUAACUUGAUUUUUCUAAUACUGUGCAUCUUUUUAUAUGGAGGAAUUCAAGCAAAACCGGAUGAAAUUCCAGGUAGGACAGCCCUAGAUAAUUUCCCAUUAAUUGACGGACACAAUGAUUUACCGUUAAACCUACUGAAAUUGUAUCACAAUAAAUUGGAGAAGUAUAAUUUUCAUGAGGAUUGGAAAAGUAACCCUUUAGCUGCAAAUUGUGGCCAUUGUCACACUGAUUUCCCCAAAUUAAAACAAGGAAAGCUUGGGGCACAGUUCUGGUCGGCCUAUAUAAACUGCCAGCACAGCAAAAAUCAAGUUGCGGAGACGAUUGAUCAAAUUGACGUCAUAAAACGAUUGGUCCACAAAUACCGGGAUGACCUUCAUUUUUCAACCAGAAGCGACGAUAUUUUGACAGCGUUUCAACAAAAGAAAAUCGCGUCCUUCAUAGGGGUCGAGGGUGGUAAUUCCAUUGACAACAGGCUUUCUGUUUUACGAGCCUACUAUGACCUAGGAGUGAGAUACCUGACUUUAACGCAUUCUUGCAAUUUGGACUGGGCGGAUUCCUCUAUCAUAGACAAUGAUGCCUAUAGUCCAAAGAAAAAUCUGACUGAUUUUGGAAAAGCUGUGGUGCUUGAAAUGAACAGACUAGGGAUGUUGGUAGACUUAUCUCACGUAUCAAAAAACGUAAUGAUCGAAGCAAUAGGUGUUUCUAGAGCGCCAAUAAUAUUUUCUCAUUCAUCGUCAAGAUUUGUUUAUAAUCAUACCAGAAAUGUGGAUGACGAUGUUCUAAAAUUAUUGAAAGAAAAUGGUGGUAUUAUUAUGGUUAAUUUCUUCCCAAGUUUCGUAGGAGACAAUGGAUCUAUUUCCGAUGUAGCAGAUCAUAUCAACCACAUUGUUGAUGUUACUGGAGCAGACCACAUAGGUAUAGGCGCAGAUUUUGACGGUAUUCCCACUACUCCCACAGGUCUAAAAGACGUCUCAGAAUACCCUAAUUUAUUUGACCUGCUCAGAAAACAAAACCCUGAAAGAUGGACCAUAGAGAACUUGGAAAAAUUGGCGGGAAGAAACUUUGUAAAGGUUUUCAAAAAGGUCGAAGAUGUAAAGUUGGAGCUUAUCAAUGAAUCUCCUAGAGAAGACGUUAUAAAUAAUUAGUAUUUGACAGAAAAGGACAAAUUAUUUUGCGUGUUUGGCUGAAUAGUAUUUGACUCCAUCGAUUUUGGAAGCUCUGGCAUGUUUGGCCAGCAAAGCGUUUACGUCUAGUUUGUUUGUUGUUAAAGGCCUAAAAAAUAAAGAACAUUCUUCA